UUCUAUGUUCAUGCCUUUUUUCAGUUCUUUGUGAUUUCUUUCCAUAAUUGAUUGCUAUACAAACAACACCUUUUUGCCUUUAUAAUGACUUGUUUGAUACGAGUAUUGUAUUGGCUUGUGAUUAUUGUGAGUAUUCAGUUUUAAAAAAACAAAUUUCUAGGAACCACGCAAACAAAAAGCUCAACUUCUUUGUCAAUCGUUCUCUAAUUUAACAGAAAUAAUCAUAUGAUAAUCUGUAGUACUCAUAUUAGAAGCUGUGAGAAUCUCAAAAAUAAACAAAAAAAUAAUAAUAUCAAAGCAAUACAAAACCUUCUUUUUGGCCAUGACUUUAUGUAUGAUUUUCUUGACGCCAUAAACAUUGUUCAUGUGUUUUAAUUCUCCAAAAUUAAAACACAAUCAUAUUAAUUUGUUAUAUACCACUUUAAGAAUCUCAAAACCGAAUAUAAAAAACAACAUCAAUAAACGCCAAUUUAAACCUCAAAUCCGGUCAUGGUUAUAUAUGAUUUUAUAGACGCCUAAAACCUUAUUCAUGUUUCCAUCCUCAUUUAAUCCCCGAAAAAAAAAAAAACUUAAAUUACAAUUACGUGUAAUACAUAACGCAGUCGUUCACCUAGUGUCCCCACCCAAAAACAAAAACCCAAAUCCAUAUCAAUCUCCUUAGUCCAUAUUAACCCAUUUUUUCCCCUAAAUAAUAUAAAAACAAGAGAGAUUAUUAAUUCGAUGAUGAUUCAAUACCUUUUAUGAUCUCCAAUAAACGACUCAUGUUUCCUGCAUGACUUCUCCACCCGAACAUCACUCCGUCCUUCUCUCUCCUCAGCUCCCUUCAAUUCUUCUUUUAUUCCUUAAACUCUAACUUCAAUGGAAAAACCCUCUAAUUAUUUCUCAAUAACCAUGGAUUCCAACAAAAACCCUUUUUUUUAUUCUAUUAAAAACAUUUCCAUUAUUCUUCUUCUCAUUCUUGGAGUUUUUUCCCUUUCUUUUCUCUCUUCAUUCUCCUCUAAAUCCCUCCUCUCCUCCAAAUUCCUCCAAUGCCCUUCUCUCCCCCGUCCGAACGAGACGGCAGCAUUACAGCCUUUUCAGAGAGACGAGCUAGACGAGGCGCUAGAGAAGGCAUCGAUGAAGGAUAAUAAAACAGUAAUAAUAGCAGUUGUAAAUAAGGCGUAUGUGGAGGGUGAAGUUGUGCCAAAUAUGCUUGAUUUGUUCUUAGAAGGGUUUUGGGCAGGGGAGAAUACAAGAGAGCUUGUGAACCAUCUGAUGAUUGUGGCUGUUGAUCAGACGGCUUACGAUCGAUGUCGGUUUCGUGGGCUCCAUUGUUAUAGACUAGUAACGGACGGUGUAGAUAUCAUGGGGGAGAAAGUUUUCAUGUCUAAAGAUUUCAUCAACAUGAUGUGGAGUCGAACUCUGUUUCUCACUGAUAUCCUUAAAAAAGGGUACAACUUUAUUUUUACGGAUACAGACGUGGUAUGGCUAAGGAACCCCUUUACAGUCCUAACCACAAAUAAGACUCGACAUUUUGACAUACAAUUUAGCACGGACAAUUUCAAUGGUAACUCGUCCUUUGGUUCCAACCCAAUCAACACCGGAUUUUAUUUUGUAAAAUCCAACAACAAAACCAUCUCUUUGUUUGAAAAAUGGUACGGGUUAAAGGACAACUCAACCGGUUUUAAGGAGCAGGACGUCUUACAAAAAAUGAUAUGGCAAGGCAAACUUAAAAAAAUGGGUAUCAGGGCGCGAUUCCUUGAUACCCGUUAUUUUAGUGGUUUUUGUCAAGAUAGUCGGGAUGUCCGUUCCGUUGUAACGGUCCAUUCAAAUUGUUGCCGGUAUAUUAGUGCGAAAGUGGCUGACUUGAGGAGGGUCCUUCAUGAUUGGGGUCAAUUCAAAGUUGCUCCGGCGAAUGUAACAAGGUCUCUUCGAUGGUCCCCACAUGUGGAAUGCGUAAAGUCAUGGCGUAGGAAUAAUGUUGAGAAUGGUACUAUGACUUGAUUUGGAAGAAUUUUAAUUUCGGUUUACAAUUCAAAUUCAUAAAAUGCUUAAUAGUUUAUGAUUGCUGUUUUUUGUAUACUUUGUUUACCCUUCAAAUAGUGUAUACAAAAAUAAGAUAAAAGUUAGUGU